AUGGGAUGGCGAAGCUCUCGCAGGCGUACUCGUCGUCGUUCAUCAUCCUCUUCAACUACGACUGAUUCUUCCUCUACCACCACCACCGCCACCACUACCUCAACAACCAGUACCCAAGCCUCAAAAAGCAGUGAAGAUACACAAAAAUUCCGUGAUGAGCUCUCUAAAAUGGGUCUCUGUCUACGCGAAGUUCCAGCUGACGGCAAUUGUCUAUUUUCGGCUUUCUCUGAUCAGUUGACCGGAACCUUCAGUAAACACGCAGAACUGCGUGCUCAAGCGGUUGAAUUUCUCCGCGAAAACCGCAAGGAGAUGCGUCCCUUCACUCACACCAGGCACUUUAGCGCGAUGCUGAGCGAUCUCGCUGAAAAUGGCACUUACGGAGAUCACACCUCGAUUGCGGCGCUCGCGCGUGUUCACCGCGUUAAUGUGGUGGUUCACCAGGUGGGACAGGCCCCCCGCCUGGUCGCGCUCGGGAGCGUGUCUCCCCACGUCUGUCACAGCCAUCCUCAGGUCCACUUGGCCUUCCACGAAGACAUUGCACACUACUCCAGUGUUCGUCGCCUUGACGGCCCAUCAGGCGGACCUGCUCACGUUCACAUCGAUUUAAUGCGCCUUGAAAAGAAAGCAGCGAACUUCCAAAAACGUCAUCGACGAUGCCGACGAAAUUGA